CACCGUGAUACUAUUUAUUGCGACCUAGUUCAAAUAUCGAACUUGAGGAACUAGCAAAUUUGACAAGAAAGAGUUACAACCAAUGGCACCCCUCGCCAAGGGACCGAUUUAUUUUGGUCCCUUUUUAGUAACGUCACAGGUUUUUUACCUGACACCUCUAUCAUUCGCCCUCGUCAACCUCAAACCCAUCAUUCCAGGACACGUCCUCGUCUCCCCGCGUCGCUGCGUCCCACGAGUCUCCGACUUGACACCCGACGAAACUACGGAUUUAUUCCUCACAGUCCGCAAAGUCGGGCGCAUAAUCGAGCGCGUUUACGGCGCAACAAGUCUCAACAUCGCGAUACAGGAUGGUGUAGAUGCGGGUCAGAGCGUGCCGCACGUUCAUACUCAUAUUAUUCCGCGAAAGAAGGCCGAUUUAGAUCAUAAAGGUGGUACCGAUGCGAUUUAUGAGAUGUUGGACGGGGAGGAAGGUGAUAUUUGGAAGAUACAGAAGGAAUUUAAGCAGCUGCAGGAGAGUUUGGCUUUAGGGACGACAGGCGAGAAGAAGAGGAGGACGAAUUUCCCGGCUGUGGAUAAUGAGAGCAGGACCCCGAGGACCGCGGAAGAUAUGGAGCAGGAGGCAGUUAUGUUGGCUGCAGAGAUGGAGAUGGAGCGUGAUGAUUGA